GGCAGAGAGGGCACCUGGGAGGAGGCAGUGGGAGGGCGGAGGGCGGGGGCCGGGGCUCGGCCCAGAGCCUUUGGGGUGGGCAUCCUGGGCAGGGCAAGUGGCUGAGGUGUGGAGGGGGAGGAUGCGCCUCUCCAAAACCCUCGUCGACAUGGACAUGGCUGACUACAGUGCUGCGCUGGACCCAGCCUACACCACUUUGGAGUUUGAGAAUGUGCAGGUGUUGACGAUGGGCAAUGACACAUCACCAUCAGAAGGUACCAACCUCAAUGCACCCAACAGCCUGGGUGUCAGCGCCCUGUGUGCCAUCUGUGGGGACCGGGCCACAGGCAAACACUAUGGCGCCUCGAGCUGUGAUGGCUGCAAGGGUUUCUUCCGGAGGAGCGUGAGAAAGAACCACAUGUACUCCUGCAGAUUUAGUCGGCAGUGCGUGGUGGACAAAGACAAAAGGAACCAGUGCCGCUACUGCAGGCUCAAGAAGUGCUUCCGGGCUGGCAUGAAGAAGGAAGCCGUCCAAAAUGAGCGGGACCGGAUCAGCACUCGCAGGUCGAGCUAUGAGGACAGCAGCCUGCCCUCCAUCAAUGCGCUCCUACAGGCCGAGGUCCUGUCCCAGCAGAUCACCUCCCCGGUCUCAGGGAUCAACGGAGACAUUCGGGCCAAGAAGAUCGCCAGCAUUGCAGACGUGUGCGAGUCCAUGAAGGAGCAGCUGCUGGUGCUCGUCGAGUGGGCCAAGUACAUCCCGGCUUUCUGUGAGCUCCCCCUGGACGACCAGGUGGCCCUGCUCAGAGCCCACGCCGGCGAGCACCUGCUGCUCGGAGCCACCAAGCGAUCCAUGGUGUUCAAGGAUGUCCUCCUUCUAGGAAAUGACUACAUCGUCCCUCGACACUGCCCGGAGCUGGCAGAGAUGAGCCGGGUGUCCAUGCGCAUCCUCGACGAGCUGGUGCUACCCUUCCAGGAGCUGCAGAUCGAUGACAAUGAGUACGCCUGCCUCAAAGCCAUCAUCUUCUUUGACCCAGAUGCCAAGGGGCUGAGCGACCCGGGCAAGAUCAAGCGGCUGCGUUCCCAGGUGCAGGUGAGCCUGGAGGACUACAUCAACGACCGCCAGUACGACUCGCGCGGCCGCUUCGGCGAGCUCCUGCUGCUGCUGCCCACCCUGCAGAGCAUCACCUGGCAGAUGAUUGAGCAGAUCCAGUUCAUCAAGCUCUUCGGCAUGGCCAAGAUCGACAACCUGCUGCAGGAGAUGCUGCUGGGAGGGUCCUCCAGUGAUGCACCUCAUGCCCAUCACCCCCUGCACCCUCACCUGAUGCAGGAACACAUGGGCACCAAUGUCAUUGUUGCCAACACAAUGCCCUCUCACCUCAGCAACGGACAGAUGUGUGAGUGGCCCCGACCUAGGGGGCAGGCAGCCACCCCUGAGACUCCACAGCCCUCACCGCCAGGUGGCUCAGGGUCUGAGCCCUACAAGCUCUUGCCAGGAGCCAUCACCACAAUUGUGAAGCCCCCCUCCGCCAUUCCCCAGCCGACCAUCACCAAGCAGGAAGUCAUCUAGCAAGCUGCUGGGGGUCGGGGAUUCUGCUGGCCCCCCAGCCCCCUCAGAGAGCCCCGGUGGUCACUUGUCCCAAUGAAGGAAGCUGUGACAACAGGGCAGUCCCAGAGCAGGAACGGAAAUAGCAAAGAACCCAAGAACUUGGGCUGCGGGUCGCAUCCCAUUGCCGCCCUGCAUCCCCUGCUCUGGAUGACGGGGCUUUGACUUGGAGAGACCCCCGGUGGAAAAUCCUCUGCUGCCUUGGACAACCUUUCUCUUGCCGAAGCCACUGCCUUCCCCUUCCUCCAUAUCUACCCCCAACUUCUUCACCCCCAAAGGACAGCUGCCUGGAGACGACGUGGGACCUUGCUUAAACAUAGCUCCCUUCCCCUCAGACCAGUACUUCUUCUCUCCUAGUGCUGUCAGAGUGUCCAGACGCAGAGCCCUUUAAGGCUGGGUCAGAUCUUGGCACCUCACCCCUCCCUGUUCUGCUGCCCCGACCUCCAGUGCUCCUCUCUUCCCACCCCUGUCACCUUGCUCAGCCGUCCUAGUUUCUCCACAGCCGCCUCCCAGAGGCUGAGGAAGACUUGGAAACGAUUCCCCCAGUCAUCCCAGGGACAUUUUUGAAGCACUGACUGUUGAGAAGGAAGACACACAGCUCUUCCCUUCUUUGGGGACUGGGGUGGAACCCUUCAGGGACCCUUGGUGGGACCUUAGGUUGGAGUUCACGCAGCUGCAGGGCUUCAACAAUGCAAGAACAAUCCAAGGUGGACAGCAGGGGCUUGGAGGGAGCUGCCAUGGUCAGAGAAAGCAUCCGGAAAGGGGCAGACUAUGCGUCAGGCCUUUAGGGAUGGGUUGGAUUCCAACUGGUGGAGCAGGUGAGACAGGACAUGCCAAGGAGGGCAAACAGCCUGGGCAAGGUGUAGAGGUCAGAAUAAGGGUGUAGGAGCGAGGUGAUGAAAGACAGGGUUUUCUGGAGCAGAGUGGGCACGCUGGGCAGCAUGGGAGCCUUGAAUGCCAAGCUGAGGCAUUGAGAUUUGGGCUCCAAGGCUGUGAGAAGCAGAGGAGGGAUUUGCAGUGAGCCGAGCCUCAGAAGCUGAAGCCAGCAUUGCGACAGAGGUUGGAAGGUUGGGGGAGAGCAGGGAGAUCAGAUGGGGGCCAGUGAUGCAAUCCAGGUGAGAGUGAUGAGGCUUAGACAUGGAGAAGAUGGGUGGAAGAAUCCUCAGGUCGGAGUGACAUCAAGGAAGAAUUAUCCCCCGGGGCCUGUCUCAUGCUCUUCCUUAUUCCCGGCACUGUCUUAAGGCACUUGACAUGCGUCAUCUCCUUUCAUCCUCCCUAUUACCCCAAGGUUGUUACAGAAGAUGAAAUUGAGACCUAAGAGGUUAAGUGAUUUUUCUGGAGGUUACACAGGUAGUAAGUGACCAAGUCAGGACUUGAUCCCAGGUCUGCCUGGAUCAGAACAAGAGCUCUUAACCAUGGUGGCUGAACAUCUUCUCUGAAAGGACCCCUCUGUCCUCACUGUGAUCAAGCUGAGGGACUUCUCGCCCCCUUCACCAACCUCAGAAGCCAAAGCCUCAUUCUUCUCAGGAGCCCUGCCCACACCUAGGACAAAGAUUGGCCUGAGGAUGCGCUGAAGUCCAGUUAGGGUCCAGAAUCCUGUGUGCUGAUAAACAAGGAGAAUUCCUAGUCCUUGGACCCCCUUUCUCUCUUUACUCCCCAAGUCUGUGGGAAGCGGCAUCAGGGGUCUGGUUCAUGGGAGACACACCAGUGUAGCCUGGCAUUCUGGGGUGGGACAGUUUGGGGGGGAGGGCAGGAGAGAGGUAAGAAGGCCUAAGUUUGAGACCUGCUCUGGGGAGAACACUCAAAGUACAUUCUGGAACCAUUAAACCCCAGGAUGGAACAGCCAGCAUCUCAUCCAAGCAGAAUCUUGGUGGCUUUGGGGAAAUUCUGGAAAAUGCCACUUGCCAGUGUGAAUUAAAGGGAUGUGUCCUGAGACUAGAGCUGUGCUACAUAGGAGGGUGAACAGUUAGACCGGUUACCCCUCCUAUGCAGGGCUGACCCUGCUGAGUGGAUGGGGGCAGCACCCCAGUGCCCCCAAAUUCCAUCAUUGGUGAGUGUUCUUUUUCACCAAAGAGGCAUGAAGGGUAUUUGGGCAGUAUGGCUAAGAGAAAUCUCUAAAUCUCCAGUGCUGUCAGGAUGGGCCUUCCCACCGCACCAAGCCAAGUCCAGUCCCAGGAGAGACUGUCCCCUGUUCAGAGCUCUCAAGCCUUCCUCAGCCACACCUCAUUCCAGUUCCCCAGAAAUCCCAGCCAGGGGGCUCAAACUGGUGUGGAGCAAGGUAGGCAAGCUGGAAUUGGUCCUCAUGGUCCUUCCCAAUCUUUGCUACUCCGUGCCCCAGUGUCGUUCAGGCCUCUGUCAUGGGAGCAGUGUUGAGAUAAGAAUUUCCCAUGGGGUGGAGUAGGGUAACAGUGUCUUUAACAAUAGCAAUCUUCUGGGUCAGGGGGUCAGUCCUCUGCCCAAAUCAACCCUUCAUGGAGGACAUCCAUUCCACUUUAAUCAUUUUGUUGCAAUGCAGGAAACAAAAUGAAGAGAAGUUGACUUUUCUGAUUCUAAACUGAGAACACCACAUUGGAAAAUCUUUUUUUGUUUUGUUUUGCUACCUGAGUUGAGAUCCUAAAACAUAAAAUCUGAUGGACUUGAAAAGCACAAGCCCUAAAAUUCCUCCACUGAGACAACCCCCUCUCUAGGCGGCUCUCAGAAGCUUCCAGAAUCUACGUGGCUUUUCUGGGAGUGGACGGAGGAGAAGGAGGGUUGGAAAUGGAUGCUCCUAGAUUUCUUGUGAUGACCAACCCAAUUACUUCUGCCAAAUUGCUCUGUGAUUUGCCCUGAUUGGGAUGAAUUGUGAAAUUCACGUCAAGCAAUUCUGGAAGUGGUCUGCAUCCCGUCAGCCUCUACCUGUAGGUGUGAAUGUCAUUAGGUCCUCUGCUGACCCCUGAGCUCCCGUCACUGCUGCCUAAUGGGGCAAAGAAGCAAAAAACAUUUCUUACUCUUAUGUGUUUUAACAAAAGUUUAUAAAGCGAAAUAAAUGGCGCCUAUGUUUUCUAA